UCUUCCCACAUCACUACGCGCUUCUUCGCUAUUGUCUCCCUGGCCGCUGUCUUGAGUGUGGCCAGCAACACGUUCACAAGCCCCACCGCCACCCCGAAGAGCCACGUUGUAGAAAAGACUGCCAACGUCGAUAAGAGAGCGGACUCGUGGUACGGACCUGCACGGAAGAACACCCUGGGCUUUCCAAUAAUCUGGCUUGAGUACUGCUUCAUGCGGAGUGGUACUACUGAAGCUCGCUUGAGAGACAGAGGCUGCUGGGGAGACUGGUCGAUCAUGAAAGCAGCCAAAUGCCGCCAAAAUGCUCGUUCAAUGCACGGAACCACCGAAUUUCGAGUGUAA